CACGCGUUUUGCACAUGCGUAGUGUAACAUAUCUUGACCUUACAUCAGUGGAGGCCCACGUGAGAGGAGAGAUUGCAAGAAUCACCUGUUUAGGGUUAAAGCCUGCUCUUAUCUGAAGAUGUCCAGUAUGGCAGCAGCAAGCUGUGAGUCCACGACUCCCGGCUCAGACAGCCAAGAGAAGAAACCAUUGAAGCCUUGCUGUGCUUGCCCAGAGACAAAAAAGGCUCGGGACACCUGUAUCAUUGAAAAGGGCGAGGAGCAUUGCCAGCAGCUGAUCGAGGCUCACAAAGAGUGUAUGAGGUCUCUGGGCUUUAAAGUGUGACCCUAUUGUGCCUCGCUGAGUGUGUGAGUGGGAGUGCUUUUAUAUGCGGAAUCUUAACUUAUUUCUUCAACUGCUGGAGCCAAAAUACAAGAAGGCGACUUUAUGGGGACAUGAUAAAGGGAGCGCGCUGCCUGUGAUCCUUUGCUAAAGUGUGUGUUUGUUUAGGGUGUGUGAGACUCAUUUCUCUGCUUGCAAACAGAUGCAAUGUAUAGUCUAUUCUUUUAAUAAAGAAUCCAAAGCGUUCAA